GAAUAUUUCAGAUUUUCAGAUUACUUUGAUAAUUUUAUUAAAUUAAAAAUAAAAAUGAUUAACGUUGUUAGUUCUUUCAGGAGUUCUCUUCUCGAUACAUCGGACGAAGUGCAAGUAGAUGUCGAUACACUAGAAGAAGGAGACAGUCAGAUGUUGCGGUUAUGGGAAUCUGGAAAUUCUGCAAAUGCCUCUCCUGCUGAUUCUACCUCCACUAAUAAUGGUGCUUCAUCGUCGAAGAAAGAAAAGAAAAAGUUACAUCCUAAUCGUCCCAGCCAUAGUUGUAACUCUAAAAAAAGCAGAGUUCGUCCUUCACAGGGAAGCGUGGGAAGCAAUUCCAGUCAAGGAUCAACUGGACAAAGUAGUUUUGAAAUUAUUUGAACUUAAAGAAGUGAUGAGACAUUCCUAUGAUAUGCUUAUUAUUAUUUUUUCUUGAUCCUACUGCCCAGAUGUUGAGUAUGUGCUACUUACCAAAAGAAGUGAUGCUAGUGAUCUAUGUCAUCAGGAACAACACUUACUUUUGUUUUGAAAUGUUACUACGAAGGUCGAGAUCAAGAUUUGGAUGGUGUUGGCAAAUGUUGUAGUGAGAAAAAAUAAAUUAACCUGAUGGUUAAGGAUUGUAAAAUUUGUGCAGGAAGAAAAAAUGGAAUUCUCUUUCACUCGUUUCUGAAAUACUGUCCAUAAUAGAUGGCAGAAUUGACUGUAUUUAUCGACACGUCUCGAGGAUGUCGCUCGAGUCGCCGUCGUGUCAGACUACAGGUAUCUCUGUAGUUGUAUGGUAUUGUAAUAAACCUUUAAAGGAAUUACAAAAUAUGCAUUCCAAGAAAGGAUAUUUUGCACAUUUAACAUCAUGCAAAGUCAGUGCUAUUUUUACUUAAAAUCUUUUAGUUAAUUGUUUUUGGUUAUACUGUGUUAUUCUAGAAAGAAUCUAAGGUUUAUUUAAAAAGCGUUAUGAUAUGUUUAUUGGAAACAACUUAACUGAAAUGCUCUCUGCAAGAUUCGUUUUAUUUAUUUUUUAUUAUUGGAGGAAUGUUACGUGUAAAAUUAACACGAAAGAUAGUCGAAUUUCAAACAUCUGCAUCGGUAAAAAUAGGCCUCUAGCCUUCUCUAGACGUGGCGCAGUACAGAAAUAGCCGGAUACGGUCCACCCGCCGUUAAUUUCGAAGACAUUACUGACAAAAUGAUUUAUCAAUAUUGCUUAUUUUUGAUUAAGAAAUUCUGUAAGUAGUCAAUAUUGUUAACAUGAAUGCACUUUUAGGGAAUUUGCAAGUGCAAAAUCCCUUUUCCUGAAGAAAUAUUUACAUUGUGGAAUGCAAUAAAACAGCACUGUUGACUUAUAUAGUCAUUGAUGAUGUGAAAUUUGUUUUAUAGUGUAAAUUUGUUUUUUAUUUUUUAAUAAUUUGUUUAAAGACAGUAAAUGGAUGUUUUUUUUCUUCCAGUAUUAUUACUGUCUUCCAACAUCAAUUGUAAAAAUUAAAUAAAACACAAAUUAGAUGAGGUAA